GCAUUGGCAGCAACAGCAGCAGAGUAAGCGCACUCGGAAAGGAUGUUGUGCGCGCGCUGGCAGAUACUCCUCUUGAUGGUUCUGUAGUUAAGAGGUAAAGUCGAAGCAGCCGGAAUUAUACCACACUGCACGGAGGCACCAUCGGAGUUAUUUUCACUCAAAGACUGAGGAUAUACAGAAGCUUGGAUAUCUGUGGCGAGCAAGGUGGAAAUGUCAUCUCUGGCCAUCGCCUUCAAUCUCACCGUGCUCGGCGUCCUUAGUACUGCGCUGGCGGCCAGUCAUUAUAACUGUGAUGGCCCUUUGGUAUCAAAUCUUCUUCAGGCCUCCUUUGAGAGGUCCUCGCAGUCCUCCAUCAGUAACUCUCCACACUUCGCCAAGCUCAACAGACGAGAUGGAGCGGGAGGCUGGUCUCCCCAGGUGACAGACAGACAGCCUUGGCUGCAGCUGGACCUCAGGGACAGGAUGGAGGUGACGGCCGUCGCCACACAGGGGCGCUACGGAGGCUCAGACUGGGUCAGCGGCUACCUGCUCCUGUUCAGUGACACUGGCCGAGCCUGGAAGCAGUACCGACAGGAGGACGGGGUGGGGAGGUUUGCGGGGAAUGUGAAUGCUGACGGUGUCGUCCACCACAAGUUGUCCCACUCUAUCAGAAGCCGCUUCCUGCGCUUCGUCCCCCUGGACUGGAACCCCAGUGGCUGGGUGGGACUCAGAGUGGAGGUCUACGGCUGUGCCUACAAAUCGUAUGUGGCAGACUUUGAUGGCAGAAGCUCGCUGCUCUACCGGUUUAACCAGAAGUCCAUGAGCACGGUGAAGGAUGUGAUCUCGCUGAGCUUCAAGAGCCACCAGGCUGAGGGGGUGCUGCUCCAUGGAGAGGGUCAGAGGGGCGACUACAUCACACUGGAACUGCACCGGGGCAGGCUGGCCCUCUACCUAAACCUUGAUGACACAAGGCUGCGGUUCAGCAGUGGGCGUGUUGCGGUCACUCUCAGCAGUCUUCUGGACGACCAGCACUGGCACUCUGUCCUCAUCGAGCGCUUCAACAAGCAGGUCAACCUCACCGUGGACACCCACACACAGCACUUCAGGACCAAGGGGGAAGGAGACUCCCUGGAGGUGGACUAUGAGCUCAGCUUUGGGGGCAUCCCACUGCCAGGUAAGCCUGGUACCUUCCUGAGGAAGAACUUCCAUGGCUGCAUUGAGAACCUCUACUACAAUGGGAUCAACAUCAUCGACCUAGCCAAGCGACGCAAGCCUCAGAUCUACAGCGUGGGCAACGUGACCUUCUCGUGCUCUGAGCCCCAGCUGGUGUCCACUACCUUCCUGAGCUCCAGCAGCAGCUUCCUGUCGCUCCCGGCCACGCUGUCUGCUUCGGGGGGCUUCGCUGUGCGUUUCCAGUUCAGAACGUGGAACCCAGAUGGGCUACUGCUCUCCACCCGGCUGGCCCUGGAGCCCCAGCGACUGGAGCUGCAGAUCAGCAACAGUCGGCUGCGCCUGACCCACCACAUGUCAGCCCAGCAGAAAGAAGAGGUCUCCACCGGUCACAGAGUGAAUGAUGGACUGUGGCACUCUGCGAGUCUCAGCUCCCGAGGUCUCCAGGUCACCAUGACUCUGGACAAUGAGCCGUCCUCAACUAUGGAGCUGGGAGACCACAUGGAGGCAGGAGACAACCUCUACUUCGGAGGCUGCCCCUCCUCGUCCUCCAGUGACUCGUUCUGUGAGAACCCCACGUUGGCGUUCCAGGGGUGCAUGCGUCUCAUCUCCAUCAACAGUCAGCCCAUGGACCUGAACCUAGUGCACCAAGGACGACUAGGAGACUACAAGGAGCUGCAGUUUGACACAUGUGGCAUCCAUGACAGAUGUCUGCCCAACUUCUGUGAACAUGGAGGGCAGUGUUCACAGUCCUGGAGCCAUUUCUACUGCGACUGCUCUGGCACAGGAUACACUGGAGCCACCUGCCACAACUCCAUCUAUGAGGCAUCAUGUGAGGCCUACCGGCUGACUGGCAGCUCCUCAGGCCUCUUCUCCAUUGAUCCAGAUGGCAGUGGUCCACUGGGGCCCACACAGGUCUACUGCAACAUGACAGAGAACAAGGUGUGGACAGUAGUGACCCACAACAGCACAGAUCCAGUCAGGGUCCAGGGUUCUACACUACAGAAUCCCUACAUUAUGAAGUUUAACUACAGCGCCUCACCUGAACAACUGAUGGCCCUCGUGGCCAGGUCAGAGCAGUGUCAACAGGAAGUAGUAUACAGCUGCAGGAAGUCCCGCCUCUUCAACACGUGGGAUGGCAGCCCUCUGUCCUGGUGGGUGGACCAGAGUGGAGAGAGACGGACCUACUGGGGAGGCUUCCUGCCAGGUGUUCAGCAGUGUUCCUGCAGCCUGGAGGAGAACUGCAUGGACAUGAACUACUUCUGCAACUGUGAUGCCGACACAGACUCAUGGGCUAAUGACACAGGAGUACUUUCUUACAAAGAGCACUUACCAGUGAGUGAGAUCGUGAUUGGAGACACCAACAGAACAGGCUCUGAGGCGCUCUACAGAAUCGGCCCGCUGCGUUGUUAUGGCGACAAGUCUGUGUGGAAUGCAGCGUCCUUCUACCAGGAGUCAUCCUACCUGCACUUCCCCACCCUCCAGGCAGAGCUCAGCGCUGACAUCUCCUUCUACUUCAAGACCAGCGCUCCCUCAGGAGUCUUCCUGGAGAACGUGGGCCUCAAGGACUUCAUCAGAGUGGAGCUCAGCUCUCCGUCCGUGGUGACGUUCUCCUUUGACGUGGGAAACGGGCUGGUGGACCUGGCCGUCAAGUCCCACGUACCCCUGAAUGACAGGCAGUGGCACUAUGUGAGGGCGGAGCGCAGCGUGAAGGAGGCCUCCCUGCAGGUGGACCAGCUGCCCCUGCGCUUCCUGGAAGCUCCAUCUGAAGGACACCUCCGCCUCCGGCUCAACAGCCAGCUGUUUGUGGGGGGAACAGCAGCUAGGCAGAGGGGCUUCUUGGGUUGCAUCAGAACUCUGACUAUAAACGGUGUGACCUUUAACCUGGAGGAGCGGGCUAAGAUGACCCCGGGGGUGAGCGCUGGCUGCCCCGGCCACUGCAGUGGCUCCAGCAGUCUCUGCCACAACAGCGGGAGGUGCAUUGAGAAGAACAGCGGCUACGUCUGUGACUGCUCUCAGUCUGCCUAUGGGGGGCCCUCCUGCAAGGAAGAGGUGUCUGUGUCGUUUAACAGAGAGUCGUCGGUGACCUACACCUUCCAGGAGCCUUUCUCUGUGAUGCAGAAUAGGAGCUUCCAGGCCUCCAGUGUCUACAGAGGGAACAGCAGGGCCAGAGAGAACAUGGCUUUCAUCUUCAUGACCACACAGAGCCCUGCCAUGCUGCUCACUGUCAGCACCUUCAGCCAGCAGUACAUAGCAGUCAUCCUGGCACGCAACGGGAGUCUACAGAUCUGGUACCAUCUCCAUGUGGACAGGAGGCCAGAUGUGUUCAGUCCCAGACCCUCCAGUCUGGCAGACGGACGCCUCCACCGUAUCAGAAUCCACCGUGAGGGAAAAGACGUCUACCUACAGAUCGACCAGGACAUCCACAGGAAGUACACCCUGUCAUCUGAUGCAGAGUUGAUCUUAAUCAGAUCCUUGACUUUGGGCAUAGUCAUCGGAGGUGAGAAUUUUGAUGAGGAAGUGAUGCAGGCAGGAUCUAAGGGCUUCAUUGGCUGCCUGUCCUCCGUCCAGUUCAAUCACAUGGCUCCACUGAAGGCAGCGCUACUGAACCGUGGCAGCUCAUUGGUCAGUGUACGGGGUCACCUGGUGGAGUCUAACUGUGGGGCUCCCGCUGACUCAACAACCUCACACCCACUCUCAGAUCAAGCUGCGAAAACAAACAAAGAUAAUGUCAGCCUGCAUGACUCGGCAGUCAUAGGAGGUGUGGUGUCAGCAGUAGUCUUCAUCACUCUGUGUGUAGUGGUGGUGAUGACCCUUUUCCUGUACCAGCACCGGCAGGCCCGGAGAGACACCAGCAUCAAGGAGAAGGAGCACCAAACCAACCUGGAAAUAGCCUGCCGGAGAGGAGCAGCCUACCAGGCAGAACCAGCCUACCGGACAGAGUGCCACCUCCAUGACAGUCAUAGCUCCACCCUCAGGGACAACAGGGAGUACUAUAUCUGACCACAGUGUCCAGCCAAGCCUUCUAGCCAUCGCUGCUUACCUCUCUUCUGUUUUGUCUAGCUGUCUGCACAGGAGGAGGCAGCCUUUUUCCUCCCUCCUCUGGGGUAGAAAUUAAGAAUUCCUUCUCCUUUAGGGAACUGUGGGAAUAUCCUGAUGGGGAAUUUCUUCCCGUUUCUGUGUAGAUACUCCGUAGGACGGAACUUGUAGCUGCAAAUAUGUUGACCGGCCGGCUCACAAAUGGUGGUGAUGGGACAGGAAAACAGUGCCAUGAGAGAUUGAAGCAUAUGGAUAUGGUGCAAUGGAUUUAUCCAAUGACAGAAAUACAAAAAGCCUGGAAAGAUUAGAAUAUUCAAUGUUAUGGGAAAAGUGGGCAAUGUUAUGGGACGAGUGGUCAAUGUUAUGGGAAGAGUGGGUAAUGUUAUGGGAAGAGUGGGCAAUGUUAUGGUAAAAGUGGUCAAUGUUAUGGGAAGAGUGGUCAAUGUUAUGGGAAGAGUGGUCAAUGUUAUGGGAAGAGUGAGCAAUGUUAUGGGAAGAGUGGUCAAUGUUGUGGAAGAGUGGUCAAUGUUAUGGGAAGAGUGGUCAAUGUUAUGGGAAGAGUGGUCAAUGUUAUGGGAAGAGUGGUCAAUGUUAUGGGAAGAGUGGUCAAUGUUAUGGGAAGAGUGAGCAAUGUUAUGGGAAGAGUGGGCAAUGUUAUGGGAAGAGUGGUCAAUGUUGUGGAAGAGUGGGCAAUGUUAUGGGAAGAGUGGUCAAUGUUAUGGGAAGAGUGGUCAAUGUUAUGGGAAGACUGGUCAAUGUUAUGGGAAGACUGGUCAAUGUUAUGGGAAGAGUGGUCAAUGUUAUGGGAAGAGUGGUCAAUGUUAUGGGAAAAGUGGGCAAUGUUAUGGGAAAAGUGGGCAAUGUUAUGGGAAAGGGGGGCAAUGUUAUGGGAAAGGGGGGCAAUGUUAUGGGAAAAAGCCAGAAUGAUGUAGAUUGCCAAGAUUAAACUAUCCCACUGUCGUGUGUGGAGGAAAUCUCCCGACGCACAGAAACUACACACAGAUGCACUUACUCCAUUUCAAAUACUUAAGAAAAGGACGAGAAGUUCAACAGCUUUCACAUCUGUGCCAUUGAUGUAAUACAGAUGGUCAAUACAGAGUGGCUUGCCUUCAGAGGGCAGGGGGACUAUUCAGCCACCAUUUUGAUGGUAAUUACAGUAACGCGGUGCAGUGCUCUGGGAAUGGUUGAAAAGGCUCAAUGCAAAGGCCUUCUUAGAUAACAUAAUAUUAAAUAACACAUUGGAGUAAGAGAAGUAUUGUUUUACUGAUUUUGAUAAUGCAGUGAUUAAUUAAGAUUAAAUACAAAAAGUUAUAUAUUUAAAUUUCAUUAAAACCCUAAAUAAAGCCAUUUAAAAAUUACAUCAAUACAAGAGACAGGUGCCUGGACCGGUUUCCUACAUUUUUCUUUGGAAAGUUCGAUUGAAAAUCAUUGUUCUUUCUGCCCAAUGUUCUUGAGGUUUCUAUGCCGUAGGCUAGGCUGCUUUGUAUUGCUGCAAGGAAGAUAAUGUAAAAAGAACCCAGCUGACUGGAACAUCUGCUAGCUGUCCCCUAGCAAGAGAACCAACCCAUCACAUCCCACUCAAGUGGCUGCCGGCCAAGGGUUAGAAGAGUCUUCAAAGAGCUGCCAUAUACAAAGCUUUAGUUGUUCCUCAUCUUCUCAUAAGCUCUUUGUCUUUUCUUUGUACGUUUCAUUGUUUCGUUUGGAUUGUUUCCUCAAGCAGCCAUUUGUUCUGGCACACCUUUGAUCCUGGUCAUGCAUUGGUGAUCAUUUUAUAUCUUAUUUCUUAUUUGAAGUUUGUAAUUCAUUGCUUUUGUACUGAUUGUCAACAGUAUCCCUAUGUUAGAUCUACAUUAUAAGGUGAUUAGUGUUUACUAGUAUUGGAUGAUGGAUGUGGAUGCUCAGCUUAGUUUUAUUUUCCACCUAAAAUGAAGAGGGAAAGUAUCAUCAGUGCACAAUAACCCGGUUUGACAGUUUAGAAACAAUAAAAACAGAGAAUGGCUGAGGUAUUGCCUGAAAACAUUUUUCUUUCAAAUUAAAGUGUCCUUGAAAGCAAGUUAUAAUUAACCUCUGAGACUCCUAUUUGUACUUGUUGAUAUUGUGAUUACUUUGAGGGCCAAUUUUGUAUGGCUAUAAUUGUACAGGUAUAUUAUGUUUAAUAAAACCAAACAUUCUUUUUGAAAAAUAA